CAUUAUCCUACCGUUUGUAAGUGUUAUCUCAACAUAUGAUAUACACAUUAUAACUUUGAAUCGAGCAUUAAGAGAGAGCUUCCUAAACUGCACAUAACUCAAUCGUUGCCAAAUAUGUUGACGUAUGAAAUGAGUUAUCCUUUUCAGCCUUCUCUCCGCUUAACAACCACAAAUUUAUCGAAAUUUCUAGAGAAAAAUGGGCCUUCAAUUCAACUUCAUGAUCACCAUUAUAACUUCAGGAGUGGGCCAUAUCACUUCAUUCUUGUACUUACAUGUCACUACAGUUGAAAUGAGAAGGGGGAUUGAGUGAGACAAAUUAUAAGUAAUAAUGGGGGGAUAUUCGAGAUUAGUUCAUAGUUAAUUACUUUAUGACCUUGAGUAUCACUUGCCAAACUAGGGUUCCCGACUGGAUAAUGACUUCACACCUAUCCCCACAACAACAUUAAACAAAGAAAGGGAAAGGAUUAGGGGGCAAAGAUCUAGAUUCUUUUAUAUUUGGUGGGGGUAUCGAGGAACAAUUUGGAUGGAUUGAUAAACUACAGGGUUCUAGAAUACAUGAAUUUUAAAUAAUCUAUAUGUGUAAUAUUCGGCAUUCGUUAAUAUUUCAUUAAGACUUCAUUCCAACAAUAAUAAGGAUUUUUUCCCCAUCCGUCAUACUUGCAGGAAGGUUAACAUAUGCUAAUUGACUAUAUACACCUACACGAAAAAAAAAGGAAACAAAUACCGUCAUGGAAUAAUAAUGCGAGAAAAAUCCGAACUAAUUUCCGCCUUGUUUUCGACUACAUUUUCCAAAUAUUUUGAUAACUACCAAGAACUCUGCAACUUUGAAGUUUGAAUAGAUACCAUAGAGAAUUAGGGGUGGCAGCUGAUUGGCAUAUUCCCCAACUACUAGCUAGCCUUAUACCUUCUUCCAAUAACCAAACCUAAAACACUUGUUUAAACCAAACAAUUAACAAAUAUGGUCAGACAAGAAGAAAUGAGAUCCAUUGAUGCAGAACAUAUAUGCACAACCAACCUAGGCCUAGAGUGAGGGGAGAGGGUGAUGAUGGGUGGUGGUGCUAUUCCCUCAUUGGUUGGAGAUGGGAGCUGGUGCAGGGAACCUGACAGUGAUGCCUGUCCUUUGAGGGGAAGGGCAGAGAUUCCCUCUUUACUAUAAACCUCUAAUUAAUUAGCUAGCAAUAAGGAAGAAGAAGAUCAUAAUCAAAGAUAUAUGUUGGUUGAGUUAGCUACCUAGAGGAAUCAUACACCAAAACUAGGGGUGGAAGUUUGGUUUGCGGGUUACCUAAGUUUGGUUUGCGGGUUGCAGGUAACCCGCAAACCGCACCAAACCGCACAUUUUGUGGAUACCCAUACCCACAAUUUGUGGAUAGUGGGUUGGGUGUGGGUAGCAAAAUACUGAUUUUUGUGGUUAGUGAUUAACCACUACCCACAGCGGUUUACCCACAGCGGUUUACCCACAAAACUCACAUUAACCACAUUAGUUAUAUUAGUUUGUGAAACUUGGAAGACUAAGAAUUAAAGUAGCGACCAAAAUCAAAUAUGCACUUAUUCUAUAGAACAAAACCAAGUCAAUACACAAUUUUCAUGUGAAAUACUAUUAUUAAAUAAGCAUUGUCUCUGUGUUAUAUGUUUAUUUUAUAACAAAACCAAGUCCAUAGAUAUAGUCAGAUAAAUUAAUCGAUUUGUUAAAAGAGGGGAAUAAUAGAUAAAGGUUAGUCAGAUACCCAAACUCAUCUCCAUUUCUCCACGAACUCACGAACAACACAACAUGCAACCAACUACCAACAACACAAGACUAUAAUCGAGAGUGGAGAAUAAUAGAUUCAUUAAAAGCGGACGCCUCCACUUAUCGAGUCAUUUUGUGUUUUGCUGUUGUUGCCUCGGAGGAGUCGUGACAUGCAACGAUGUUAGUCUGGUAACAUAUCACUCUGCCUCUCCGUUAUUUAAAAAAUCUUUCCAAAUCCAUCACUUCUGAAUUUACACUAACUAACCUAUUGUAUUCGAGAUUUAUAAUUUAUUUUACACUUUAUUAACUUUCUUUUAUGUAUGUUUUUGUUUUUGUGUGAGAAGAAAUACAACAUCACUAUUUAAUUACAAUAUUAUUAUAUUUAAUGUGAAAUUUUUGUGGGUAUCCACAACCAACCCGCAACGGGUAGUGGUUAACCACUACCCACUGCGGGGCGGAUUGUGGGUAGCAUAAUUCUAUAUUUGUGGGUGUGGUUACCCGUAAAAUGUGGGGCGGGUAACCACACCCACCCCAAUUUCCAUCCCUAACCAAAACCAAUAUAAAGGUGGGUCAGACGCGGCAAGACGUGAGAUUGGUACGAUAUAUUUCAAAUAAAAUUUUCAUAAGUUAUCAUCAUGAGCAAAAUUUAUUGGUAAGGCAGGCUCUUGAUUGAACUGUAUGGUUGAAACAAGCAUCCGAUCCCUUUAAAGGUUUGGGUAUCUGCAUAGUAUAAAUGGUGUCACUUUUUACCAGAAUAAAUUGGGGUUUGAGGGUUAGUGUUAUAUGGUAAAUGGGUUCACUGAUUGAUCAUGGUUUGUUAAUGUUUAAUGCAGUGGCUAAUUGUUUAAAGAAAUGAGAUGAUGAAUGAUUGAUUGUAUUGUUAAUUGUGUAUGUGGGUUGUAGACCAUGCACCACAAACUUUGGUGGGGUUGAAAGGCUAAUAUGAAUAUGAGAUGCUGAUGACCCUUUGGCACUAUACUAAUCCAUAUCAUUAAGAUUUCAUUAUUAACCUGAGGAAUCUCUAAUUAACAAAUCGGUUAACUAGUUGGUCGGUUAACUAGAUUAUAUGUGUUUGUAGACUAGUUGUAAAUUACUAAAUUGAAAUGAUUUAUUCAAAUGUACAUUUUUUUAUAAUGGUGAUAUAAUAUUAUUAAUCGUCAAACAUAAAAUUAAGUCGAUAUAACCAUAAUGAAAGAGAGACGAUGAAUUAUUCGAAGUAAAAGUAUUUUUAUUCGAUUCAAGUUGGUUUUGACAUUUAUUUAUUUCAAUCCUUUUCUUCUUGAUCAUAUUCGAUAAAUGAAAAAUUAAACCGAAACAUAGAUCAAUUUAUAAAUCACUUUGUUGCUCGGAUACAAUAAUUCCAUAGGCAUAUAUAUUUGGUUUAUACUAACUAGAUCAAUUGUGGGUCACAUCUUUAUGUGGUUUGAAUGACUUAGAGGCUCUUAUUAUGGCCACUAAGUUUCCUCCUUGAUGUUUAAUUGGUGAACUAAACUAAUAAUACAUAAAUUGAAAACCGUUUCACCAAUCCUCACCCAACAGAAAACAAAGGGGAUAAAGAAGAAAAAAUGAACCAAAACUUGAUGAUGAAGGAUUUGUGGAGAUACACUAAACAUAGUCAUUAACAUUAUGAGAUAAUGACACUCACUCCCACUCUUUGUCUUCUUUGUUUUAUUCCCAGAACACACAAACAUCAUAUUGAUUAUGACUUCAUUUAUUAAUAGAAGCUUACUCGAUGGAUGCCAUUGGCUUACAGAUAUCAUAUGUCUUCAUGUUAAAGGUCGUCAACAUGAGUUUCCUAAAACCCAAAUAACAUCUAUACGAAGAGAACCCAUGGGAGUCGAAGCCCAAGGCACAAUUCUUAGUCUAUAUAAAGACUCUUUAAUCUCUAAUCCUUGGUAGGUCAACAUACAUCAACUACUCAACCACUAGUCAUACGUUAAAUUCUCUAAAUCUUCUGUCCCUCUGCGUUUAUUUUACCGCUCAUGAUUUCACUUUGUAUCGAGUUAACAUAUGAAAGUAUGGACCAAGAGAAUUGUCUUCAUCUCUAUAUCCUACCUAACACGCCUCGUUUGAUUUUCAACGAUAUCGCAAGACCAUCUCUGAACUAAACCCUAGCUAGAAAUCUUUUCUAUUAUUAUAUCAGUCCAAAUAAAUGUAAAGGCUAGUGGUGGAUGGAUGGACAUAAUUGGGAAUGAAUCAAUCGUCCCAUAUACAUUGCACCCACCACUCCAAAUUCUCGUUCGACUGUGGCGGUUUGGAAGCUUGCGGUGCAUAUGUGGGCUAAUUGGUUGCUUGAAUUCUCUCAUCUAUGUGCAAAACUACAUUCACGUUCCUUUCUCCUCUCCUCUUUUUCCUCUGAUUGUGACUCUCUUUUGCACACUGUCCUUUUGCCACUUGGACGACGACGGAUGACAACUAUUCAUAUUGCACACUGUCCUAAUUGGUAACUAUGUAAUGUAGCCGUCCAUUGGAGGUAUGCUUGUUCAAGAAGGAAACAUGUGGGGCGGGGCAGUUAUAUAAGUUGAUCAUUCGAGAGCGGGUUAGAAAGGAUUAAGGGUAGGAGAGAGAGGCUGAUUUCAGUCCUAGAUAAUACAUACCGCGAAGAGAAUAGAGUCGCAUACUGAUUUUGAAGUAGAGCCUCGUUAAUUAAUAUUUGGAUUAUAAUAGGUUGCUAACACGCUAUAUGUUAUUAGGAUAACAACUUUCAUUCAGGGUACAAUAGAACAAACGGGAAAGAGAAUAAAUAUAGGUUGAAUUGAAUUGACCCUGUAUAUUGUAUAAAUACAUUCACUAACUCGUAGGUUUCGUAAAAGAACCCAUCAAGCCGAAAUCUAUACUAAUAAUUUAAGCACGAGUUAUGCUAUAUCUCUUGGUGCAAAAUGGCGAAAAUUGUUGUUCCGUAGGCGAGAGAUCUUACCGGCCUACCGGUUCUAGUGGUCCGGCGGAGGAGAGAGCGAACUACACGCGCCGGCUGAUGAAGGUGGGAAUGUACGUCUGUCUCCCAGAGUGGGGUCCCGUGAACGGUUGAUACUUGCUAAUCUACCUGAGUUCACACACGUCCAGCUUUGCAAUAAUCAAUAUAUAUAUAUAUGGCGAAUUUAUUAAUAUUAAUCUCGAGAUAAUUAACAGUACCUAACAGCUAAACCCAGCGACUAUCAAGACACCUACUGUAGAACACACGACAUCAUAAGUACGAAUGAAGGGUGGUUUAAUGUGUACUUUUAUUAAUUAAUAUUUAAUUAACCACGAUUUGGAAUCUUGUGUCUGGGCACAUGGCGGCGGUGGUUGGAUCUCCGGCCGCCACCUCGGAUUCUGAUUCUGAUUCUGCUGCUUCUUCCUUUCUCCAUGAAUUAGAUAGAUAAUAGUUUCAAGGACAACCUUAAUUAAGACCAUAAUAAUUGCAAUGUUAACGUAAGGCUAUACAAUUCUCUGUGUUUUUUGUAAGGAUUUCUGAAAAGGCUGGCUUUCCCGUACGUGGCAUCUUUUUUCUAUUCUCAUUAUUAUUUAUUUAUUUCUGCAUAAAUGUUUAAAAUGGGUAGGCAGAAUUAUAAUGAAAUAACGACAUAUCGAGUGGAUGUCCAAUAAUGUUUUGGCGUUACUCUACUUUUACUGCCCACACAUACAAAAUAUCAUAUAAUAAUACAAAACUACAAAGAAAGCUACAGGCUCCAAUAAUAUUGGGGAAGUGCUUGUCCAAUCGAUCAUCGUCAUUGGUUCAAUUUCGAGGGAAUAUGUAAUGGGUGUACAAAUUUUGAUUUUGAUUGUUAGGGACCGAAUUUAUGGAACGUUUAGAUGUCACAAGAGAUCUGCAGAUUCUAGUUCGGCUAAUAUGAUCUUUGUUGGCCUACAUUAAGGAUCCUCAUCUCAUGUAAUGUCAUAACAAAGGUGAAUUUUUGUAGGUGAUCUGAUCUAAUAAUAAAAUCCAUAUUCAAGUCUAGUUUUGAUCUUUUUUUAUAGACGGCAAACUUUUUUGGAAGAUUACCAUAUAAUUGAGUUAAUGCUCAAUCUUACGUGCUCAAGAUACUUUACUAUUCGAGUUUUUAUAUGGUAGAUCAAUCACUCAAGUAAAUGCCUGGCACAACAAGCCACACCACAUAUAUACAUCUUACUAACAACAAAAUUCAUUGAAAAAAAUUACCAACAAAGAUCGAACCGAGAGUAUAUGGCAAGUUCGCAGCGAUUUCGCAAAUCAAAUUGCGGAAUCCCAGUUGUUGCCAUUAUUGAACGAGGCGGGAACAGUACUGCCAGGCGGGGAUAAUUCUAAACGAAGCCGACCAUAUGCUAACAAGUUACACCCUAAAACCUCUUACCGUGGGUAGGGGUGUCCAUUCGGGUUAGGUUUUUCGGGUUUACCCAAAACCGACUCGAUUAUAUACAUUUUCGGUUUUUUGGGUUCAGGUUUGUUUCGGGUUUCGGAUUUUUCGGUUUUGGGUUCGGUUUUGCUUAUCAGUUUUUUGGGUUCCGGCUAAAAACCUCCAAUGAAUAGAACUCAACCCGUAUUCUUAGACGUUCGGGUUUUGGGGUUUCGGUUUUGAUUUAACCGAACCCGAACCCGAUAAGGAAUUUUUGGAUUUCGAGUAACCGAAACCCGCAAGUCCUUCUCGAGUUCGAGUUUGAUUUUAGUGGUUUUCGAUUUUGGUUCGGGUAACCGAACUCGACCCGAACUGACACCCCUAACCGUGGGAUAUGAAUGUUAUUGCAUUGGAUCCCCCAUCGAUUGCCAACGCAAUAAUGAGUCCGGAAACCGGCGAAACAGCAAUUGGGCCCGGCUCGGGCAGGGCCCACGAAAUGGGACCCGCCCCGAUUGGGAAGUCCGGUCCGGUCACACUGCAGGGAAAGCGCUGCUGGGUCCCGCCCGAUAAUCUACAUUCUACAUGCAACGUCCAACGGGGGAAGUUGUAAUAAUAUAAACAGCCACUCAACUUUGCGGUGAUGAGCAAAUUGAUCCCCCAACUUUGGUUUUGACAUUUGAGCAUAUUCGUGAGUAGAAGUUUCGACUAACUAAUUUCAUAGUCACUCUAUUAACUAUUAAUCUUUUCCAAAAAAAAAAAAAAAAAUCUUCGCAAGUCUAUAAUAUUGCAAAUCAAUAGUGAAAAUUGUUAGAUAGACAACGAUUAUCCGCCGAAAUAGUGAUAGGAACUCCGGAAGAUAUUAGGGGUUGGUUCGAGCAGUAUGGGCAAGAAACAACUCGAGUAAUGGUCUUGUAUAUAUAGAUCGAGUAUAUGCUAAAAAGAGUUCGACAAUACCAGCGAAUUUGUUUGUGGUUGAGCUUUAUUACGGUUGGGGAUCCCACCAUAAAACUACAACCCUACCGUGAAAAAUACAUGUAUAAUUUUUAAACUUUUUGAAAAAAAUAGCUCAAUUAGUAAGAGAUCGACCUUCAUGUUAAGCUGCAAUGGUUUAAAUUCCACGAGUCUCACCUUUUUUGCCCCGCCAACGUAGCUAACUAGUUGUAUAUAUGAACUUUUUACGAACAAUUAAAUGGAUAAAAAAAUGACUAUUACGUUUGAUAUUGUAAAAUCUGGAGAAAAUUAUCCCCGAAUUUAGUGAUCCUUUUUUGUAAUUGACCAUAAGGAAAGUGGGUUCCUAUGGUUUCUUACUUUCCCCUAGCUCCAAUAAUACACAUAGAUCAUGACCCGACCCGGUCCAAGAUACCUCGGGUUGGAUCAUGGAUGUACUACGUACUCCCUAGCUUGGCUUUUUUCUUCUCAUCGUUGUGUACCAUCAAGAAACGCACUCAAUUGAUAAACAACCAAAACAGCAUCUACCAAAAAAAGUGCAACAGCAAACCUGGAAUUCAUCCUUCACAGGUUCAAUUUGCUACAGAUGAUUUACCUAUGCAGCUAUAGCACAAUUCUAGGUAAAUAUAUAUUACCAAUAUUUGUAUCCAUGGUCCAUACAUGUUCUGAUGAUUGGAGUAAGUACGUACUAGAUGAUGUAGGUCUUAAUCGAUAUAAUGCGUUAGAUGUCUCGUUCGAUGAGUCAUGUUUUGAAUAAGUACGACUUACGAUGUGUUUGUAUAUCAUAUUUCAGACAUAGUGAAUAAGCUUUCCCCCUGCGUCUCAACGAGGAAGAGAGUAAAAACAACUUGUUGGGUUUCUCCUUAUUUCUCUGUUAAUAGACUUUUCACGUUAUUGUUUCCGUUUCGAGUCAUGAUAAACCAGUGAAAACAUCAACUCAGUUGAAAUUCAUGCAAUAUGGAAUAUUAUAUGGUGACGGAUUGUAAAUGAAGGUUUUGAUCAAUGAAAAAGUAAACCUCGCGUUACACAGAUUUACGCGGCACUUCUCACUCGUUUGCGAAUGAGCUUACUCUAGGGAUUUGCCGCAACCGCUUACACCAAUUAAUACUUAAUACUCGUAAUCAACAAGGUAAACAUUA